AUGGCGACGACUGCACCGCUUCCACAAAAGCCACUACUGGGCUCUGCGCCUGUGGCAUGCUCCGCGUGUCGGCGGCUGAAGGAGCUGAGAACCCACCAUGCGCCCGAUGCUCCAAAACCGGUCGAAAUUGCGUCGUUCAUGCCUCUCGGAGGGGACAACAGCAGUCAGCCCAAUCUCUACGAAAGAGGCCGCUACCAGUCUCAUCCUCACCUUCUGACGUUCUACACCGGCGGGACAGCCAGAUUAAGAUUGAUGCUGCCAUCAGCUCAGUACUGCGCUCACCCGUGGUUCAUCCAGCAUCGUCUCCAGCAUAUGCGCUUCAAAGCCCUUCUUACAGAGGCGGACGUGUUCUACUCCUCGUCCCCCUUGGACGUGCUUGACUCGGUGGCACCCCAGCAACCGUUGCCGCCAGAGCCCCAGCCCCAGCCCCAGCCUGAACUAGACGACAAUGCCGUCAGCCUCCAGGCAUCGUCCAGAAGGAAUCCGACUGACAUACCCGACAACAUUUUAGUGGAGCUCAUUGAAUUUUUUCGAGAGAAGAUUCUGUAUUAUGUGCCUGUUAUUGACGACACAGACCUCAGGGACUCACUAUAUGUGGUGAAGCACAGACGGCCACUCGCCUACUGUGCAAGUUUCGUUGCAUCACAGUUUAUCCCUGGAAGUGCCAGUGUUCGCGAACAACUUGUCUGGUCGAUCUCAGAGUUCUUCAGGGCCACCAGCGGGCCCCUGGCGGAGGAUGAAAACACUGUGUGGACGCAACUGCAGGCCUUUGCGAUCCUGUAUGCGUAUCGCCCAGCCGUAGACGCCUUUCAUUCCGCAGGCGUUCCUCAGUCUUUGGGAUUCCUUAACCAUUGGAUUCUGAAGUAUUCUAUCGAAGCGUUUGCGCUGCGAGUCGGGCUACACCGGUCUAUCGACGGGCUAAAGGUUCAGCUUCAGCAGGAUCCAACAGAGAUAUCAAAGUCGCCAGCCUUUCAGAGAUACGUCUACUGGCUUUGGCUCGUGACCAUGUCUCAUCAUUUCUCUUUAAUGACGCGCACGCCUCCGAGUAUCAGAGAAGACAGUACCAUCAGCUCAGCCGUCGACUUGCUGAGAGAUGUGCCAAAACCAGCACGGGUGACUCGUAUCCUCGCCGAGGUCGAUCUCUACAUGCUGUGGCAACAAGCAGGCCGAAGUGCUCCUGGCCUGGCAGAAUGGUGGUGUAAGCCUUCUGGCACCAUGAAUAUUGAGGAAGUGCUAGCAGUUUUGGAAGAUAUGGAGGGCGCCCUGGAGGUCUGGGGUCAGCGAUGGGGUCUCCGUGGAGAAUCCCAUAUGACCAUUUCGAAUGUGGAUGUGUCCAGAAAUGGAGCCGUGGAUUUCCACUUUCAAAGUACUCGCUUCUGCAUCAGCACUUUCGGCACCCGGUAUAUACUUGAAAAGGCAAGAUCAGCUCUUGAUGCACAUACUGCAUCUCACCGCAUCCUGGCUCAGGUUGCCAGAGAGUCCCUGGUAAAAUCCGUGGAAGCUGCUCAUGCUUGUUCUCGAUGUCUCCUGGAUAUACCGCCUCUGAGACGCGAGAAUAUCCGAUACAUGGCCGACUUUGGGUAUGCGCUGAUAGCCUUCUGCUGUCUCUACCAAAUCCAGGCUUGCCAACUAUUCGGCUCCACCCUUCAAGAUCCGACAAAAUACCUAGAUUCAGUUGAAGAAGUGGCCGCGUUCAUGAGAGAAAUGGCGGUUGCGAAUAACACCGCUCCUCGGUUCUAUGGCAACUCAAUAUUACAGCAGCUCAAAAAGGUUCCUCGAACCACGGAGAAUUCCGGCUUCGACAACCAAUCAUGGACAGCAUGGAAUGAGGGAGCUUCAACGAGUCAUGCAGCGGUCUUCCCAAGCCCAGUUGCGUCGAUCUCAGAAGGGUAUCAAGUUCGGAUGGCAAGCUUUGACGAUAUACCCGAAGCCGAUGGACUAGAAGGUUUUUCGCGGCCCAGCCCACAACUUUCUGGCUUCCCCAUUUUCGACCCUAGCUGGGGGGCCCUUCUGGGAUAG